CUCGAUCUCACCAACACCGAUACCAUCUACAACAACAAUCCACAUAUACAGCCACCACAAUGCCUCACAAACACAAGCGUCGCGAGAAGGAUGCCAACACCUACAAUCUCCCCCCCAACGUAAUCGCCAAACCCCUUCCCGUCCGCGAUCCCUCCAAAUCCACCAAAGGCAAAGGAGGCAAAGGCGGCAAAGGCAAACAACAACCACCAGCCAAGCCCACAAAACAAGCCAUUGGGGAACGCAAAGCCAAAUCCAAAUCCAACUCAGAAUGGGCCGACGACACUCCGCGCGCAUUCCGCCACUUGCUACAACUCCAGCAAAAGCAACAGAACGGCGCACAAAAGAAGAAACGUAAACACCAAGAUUCCGACUCAUCAGACUCCGACGAAGAUGUCACUCCUCAAACAAACAACAAGAACAACAAGAAGAGGAAGGCCGCGACCACCACUACUACAUCCACCACUGAAACCUCGCAAGCCGAAGGAAAGGCAGUAAAACCCCAAAUCCUUCCCGGCGAAAAGCUCUCCGACUUCGCGGCGCGCGUCGAUCGCGAAAUGCCCCUCUCCCACAUGUCCCGCAGCGCGAAACCGUCCGCAACAGAUGUGCCCAAGAUCCGCGAAACGCGGGUGACGAAGCACGAGAAGCACCUACGACGGCUGCAAUCGCAAUGGCGGAAGGAGGAGGCGGAGAUAUUAGAGAAGGAGGCGGCGGAGCGGGAAGAGCGCGAAGAGGAGAUGGAUGAACAGUUGCGGCUGUGGAAGGAGUGGGAGGUGGAGGGGGGCAAGCGGAAGGCGAAGAAGAAGGGGUUGCAGCAACAGCAGCAGGCCAAGGUGGAGGCGGAUCCGUGGGCGAAGUUGAAGAAGGAACGGAUGAAUAAACAGAUUAGUCCGUUGGAUGUGGUGCAGGCGCCGCCGCAGUUGACGAAGCCGAGGGAGGUGUUUAAGGUGCGCGGAGGGGCGAAGGUCGAUGUUGCGAAUGUGCCUGCUGCUGGUGGAGCGACGAGUUUGAGACGCAGAGAGGAGUUGGCAAGCGAGAGGAGGAAUAUUGUCGAGGAGUAUCGGAGGUUGAUGGCUGAGAAGAGGAGGGGGCAGUAAUUCAUCUCUCUGUUUAUCUAUCCGGAGGCUGUGUUGGGCAAGUAUUAGGUAUAGAUGGAGGUUGCAUUGUUGUAGAUAAUAACUACCAAUACCCAUAGAAG